CACACACACACACAGACACACACACACAGACACACACACACACAGACACACACACACACAAACAGAAUCAGCUUCUAAUGGGAACACAAGAGAGAGAGAAACCUCAGAUCCAGAUUUAGCUCAGAGCCGACAGAAGCUUCACCCGAAGGGGAAUUGUCCAACGUCACCGAGGGGAACCACAAGUCCAGUUCCUCUCCUGCUCUGACCCCCAGAAAUUCACAACUUCCCUGGUCCCACAUCAGUCUCUUCUACUCUGCAACCCUGGAACACUGACUGCACCAGGAUCAUGUUCCUGCUCAGCUGCCUGACUCUCCUCUGGGGCUUCUCCUACUCAGACGUCCCUCGAGUGGUCGUGUUUCUGGGGCAGCCACUGUCUCUCCCUCCGGGGAGGAACUUUAUGGACAUUACCAAUCACUUUCAUUGGAAAAAGGGGACCCUGACAUUGGGCAAGACCCGUAACGGCACGUGUGUUUCUGGCUGCGUAGAGACUUCCAAGAUCUUCACCAACGGAACCUUCUGGAAGAGUCGAGUGGAGUGGGAAGACGAGGGGCAGUACUCAGUAGAGGUGUAUAACAGAUAUGGGGUCCACAUUCACCGAGCGGAGAUUUUCCUGCAGAUCACUGAUAUAAUGCACGUGACCUUGGGAGAGUCACCCAUUCUCCCUCCUGGUAGGACUGCCCCAGAGGAGCUGUAUGAGGUUCAGUGGAGCAAGGGGGAGCAGCUGCUGCAGAAGCUCCAUGAGGGACGUUGCAUUCAUGGUUGUGCAGAGAGAUACCAGAUUCUUCCUAAUGGGAGCUUGUGGCUGGGCCCCGUGCAGCAAGACGAUGGAGGGACAUACUCAGUAGAGGUGUAUAAUGAAUACAGGAUCAGCAUCCACCAAGCUGAGAUCUUCCUGCAGAUAAAUAAUGAGACCUCCUGGGGAGGAACAACCUCAGGAGGGAGACUCUCCUUCUCUGCCUUCAUCCUUAUUUCUGUCGGAGUCAUCAUCCUCAUCACCAUGUGGAUCAUUGGGGGUCUCCUGUACAAGUUCACAAGGAAACAGAGAGGGGCGGGGGAUAAAGUGAUGGGCAAGUCCAUGAUUUACGCUAAUGUGAAACGCAGAAAGGGCUCCGGCGAAUCUCACCAGGUCACAUGGAGCAACGAGAAAGAUACAGGAGACCCCGGAGGGACAUUAAUCUACAUGGAGGAUAUUUCCACCUUCCGGAGACCCCAGGGCACAGACUGACAUAUGAGAUCUCACAGCGCCCCCUGCUGGUCUCUCCUCUGUCUGACACCCCCAGAACUGCUCCAGACAUUUACUGACCAAUUAGGGGCACAAAUAUGCCAGGGGCCCCAUGGGCACAGACGUCAGACCCCUGUCUCUCCAUUAACCCCAUGAUUUGUACUGCAGCUGCCCACGAACUUACCUGCCGGGGGAAUUACCUGCAAUUUCACAUCUCUGGGGCUACAAACAUGUCUGGGAGGAUCACAUGUGCCCUGCGGUCCUCCAGUUAUUGACCCUGAUCCUCCAGCUGUGAGAAUAAACAGAAUAAACCCUCUUCUCUUC